UCAGGAUGUUUGUCCCUUGAGGACCGAAUCUCAUUUGGAGGAGCGGACGAGACCGUGUUCUUGUUCAGGGUGUCGACCCGGGAUCAGGUGAGUCGGCGUUGCAGCCAAUGACCAAUCAGCUGUCGGCUUUAAAGACCGGGGUACAACUCCAGCAGGCGGUCAGACUCAGCGGCUCAGUUGUCUAGACCAGACCAGCCAUGGCAGCCGAUCGCAAGGCGGCGACGCGUGAGGAAACGGACGAACUUCAUUCAUCGGAACCGGGAUUGUGUCCGAACCACGGCGGCCCCAUCCCUAAGAGGCACGCCCGAGUUACUGUGAAGUACAACAGGAAGGAGCUGCAGAGGCGGCUGGACUUGGAGAAGUGGAUCGACGAGAGCCUUGACCGGCUGUAUUCGGGACAGGAAGGGGACAUGCCAGAUGAGGUGAACAUUGAUGACUUGAUUGACCUGCCUAAUGACGAGGAGCGACUCAAAAAGUUACAGGAGCUUCUUCAAAGGUGCAGUAGCAACACAGAGACCUUCACCAGAGAGCUGGUGGCGAAGCUGGAGGGAGUUCACAAGCAGGACGAGCUGCAGAGCGAAGGCAUCGAGCAUCCGGUCAUCUGCCACAGCCACCCUCGCCACGAGCCCUACCACUUUAACAACCCACAACACUCCCACCACGCCCGAGGCCAGAACCAGACCCUCUGACUCCCCACCUUGGGGGAACAAUAGAGUGCUGCAGGAAGUAUGCUAUAAUAGGUCUAUAUAAGGCCUGUGGUUAACACGUUCUGUUUGGUGAAAUCACAUUUGACAGUAAAUAUCCCUAUUUGUAAAUUGUGAAACCUUUACGUUUCUUAAAACGGGUGGUUGCUAACAAAUGGCUAAAUGAAGGUUGGGGAAUAUAACGUGAGCUUUUUACUUCUGGUGAAAAUCACAGAAGUGGUGGUCGCUUAUUUUCUGCAAUAAUGUAAAAUCCAAUGCAAGAAUCCCACUGGCUCUUCCGGGUGGACCUAAAGCAUCCCUGCAGCACUCUAUUGGCCAAUAAGACGUGAAAUAGAAAUAGAUUUAUAGCCCUAAGAGCGAGGGCUUCACUCUCCAGAUGCUCUUCAUCCCUAAUAGUCCGUAAUCAUACAGGGAGAAAUGCGUCAUAGAAAUAUAAAUGUUUCCACUCUCAGUGUUCCCAAAAUACAUUUUAUUUGUGGCACCAAAACCUGUGACUCUCCCUUUGACUCGACUGGAACAAGCUGUCAAUAUCUUGCUCUUUAAUAACACAGAUUAAAUACACGUAUAUGUCUUAUUUAACAUCUGUUUGAUUAUGACAGUCAUGAAUUUUAUUUAUUAUCAUGAUUACAGGACCCAACAUACUAGUACGAUGCGACACUGUUUGCAUUGCGUAUGCGCAUAACUUUGUAACACUUCACUGUCAUUCAUCCCUUCUGUUUUCCAUUUACUACAUUUUGAUUAUGUAAAGAGACACUAGU